UAAAAUUGAGACAGUAUUUUUAAAAUUUAAAAUAUUGAUGUUUACAAACACUCAAUUCUGUAGUAUGGUUAUUACUUAUUAGACUUACUUUGUAGCUCGCGUAGCUUUAAAGAAGACUCAAUGAGUAACCGACUGAAUUUUUGGUUUAUUAAAACAGCUCACUACUUGUUUUACCUACAAAUCAUACAUACAAUGUAUAAUCUUAGUUUGUCAGAAUACAAUUUGGUAAAAGCUAGACACAAAUUUUAUUUGAAAAAGUUGAUUUUCUAUAGAAAAAAGUUUCUUUUAUUUGGGGCAUCUCUGGCAAUUUUACUUUACAAUGAUAUAAAGUUAUUUGAUCAAGAUUUUGUUGUAAUAUUUAUAGCAUACUUUAUUAUGAAAUAUGAAAAAUUGGAAAAAUCUACAAUCAACUAUGGAGUUGGUAUGGCAUGUAGCUUCUAUGAAGGUUACUUAGCCCAUAUUAUUCCCAGUAACGGUGCAGGUUUUAUUGGUUUUGAGGAAAAUAUCCGAAACUAUGAAAACAGCCAGGGGGGUGUUGUAUUUCCUGUGAAGAAACUGUUCUUAGUAAUAACAAAGUCUUUGUAUUGUCCACCUGAUCUUAAAGAGUUCAACAAAAAGGACCCUAGCUUACCAUAUAUGGAAGCUUGCCAGUCUUUGGAAGACGUGCAGAAAGACCAGGCCGGUGUAAAGAACCGCAUAUACAGAAACAGUGCUUAUAAAAUUCACCGAGCAGGAACCGAUCCCGUGUACCUUGCCGUGGAGUGCGCUACACCACUACACACACUGCACAAAGUUCUUAUGAACCGGACUAUCUAUGAAGAGCUGGGUAGCAUAGAUGCGGAAGAAGUAGUGUCUGAUUUCUGUGAAACCCUUCAGACUAUUAUGAGGAAGACUCCUGAGUGCAGGGGCAAAUGCGAGCUGGUCUAUUAUGACGACGAGGACCCAAACCAGAAUUUAGCGGAAAUUCUUCUUAAGAGGAUCGAAUCUUUAAGAAAUAUGUCACUGUAGUAAAUGUGAUUCAUAUUUUAACAUAGGAAUACUUAUUUUUUUUUUCAUUAUUGUGUUCAUUUUAAUUUUGUUCUAGUUCUUUUGUUUUAUGAUAGCUUUUUUA